UAGACAAAAUGGCGGAAGUUUCAGAAAUUUACCAAGGCGACACCGGCAACUCAGACAGGUCUGAUCAGACCGAAGAAGCUGCACUCACUCCAGCAAUGGCUUUGCAGAAAAUAGAAGCAGCUGUUAAUGCCCUGUUUGAGUAUCGAGAUCGUUACUUUGAAAAGUUUGGAGUGGAAAAAUCACAUAAAAAGGCUGAUGAUGUAAAAGCAAAGUUAAAAGAAACGUUGCAGUUGAUCAGCGGGAUGAAAGACAAGAUCAACAACAAGGCAAUGUUAAAUAUGUUGCAAGGUAAAGCACUGAAUGUGACAGCAGACUUUGACCAAGAGGCCCUGGAUCUCCUGUCGAAGGCUGUGAAACUCGACCCAAAGCUGGUGGAGGCCUGGAAUCAUCUCGGUGAAUGUUACUGGAAAAGUGGCAACAUCCCGUCAGCGAAGAACUGCUUCACUGGAGCCCUCAACUAUCAAAAGAAUAAAGUCUCCCUGCGGAAUUUGUCGAUGGUUUUGCGACAGCUGAGUGGCCCUCCAGCAGAGAAAGUGAGUUUGAUCGAGGAGAGUGUGGAGAAAGCCAAGGAAGCUAUCCAGCUGGACAUCAAAGAUGGAACGUCGUGGUUGAUUCUGGGAAAUGCCUACCUGUCUCUGUUCUUCACUGCUGGUCAGAACCCGAAGGUUUUAAAGCAGUGCAUGAGUGCAUAUGCCCAGGCGGAGAGAGACCCAGUUGCUCAGGGCAACCCCGACCUGCACUUCAACCGUGCUACAUCUUACCAGUACCAGGAGGAAUACCAACAAGCCCUCGCGGGGUUCGACCGGGCAAUGCUCCUGGACCCAGGGUGGGACGAGCCUGGCGAGAAGGAGACGCAGCUCUUACAGUUUCUGGGCACGCUCACCGACAUGAUCAACACCAAGGGCAAGAUGAAGGGGAAGAAGUUAGAGUCUCUGGUCCUGUCGAUGAACGAGGAGAAGGACCUGGGUCCAUAUCGUGGGGGGUCCUACACGGGAUCCAAGGGAAAGUCUGUCACAUUGAAGAAAGUCAAACUGUCGGAUCUACAGCCCGAGAUUAACCAUGAGCGAGUUGUGACGGGGAAAGUUGUGUGUACUAUCAGUUCCCAGGAAGCCCUUACAUUUACUUUCUGCAUGGUUGAUGAAGACCAGACCUGCUUCCCCGUGAACGUCUACAACAUUGCCAAAGGAUCUGGGGUGAAGAUUGGGGACUCGGUGGCCAUCCCAGACCCGUAUGUUCAGUUGGUCAAAGUGAACCACAAAGAAAAGGUGUUUGAGUUUUCGAGUAUCCGGGUCGACCUGCCGGUCAUGCUGGUUGUGAACGGGAGGAAGCUAGGCCUGGACAAACAAGCAAUGUCCGUGCUGUCGGUCAGCGCCAUGUCAGAGUAGUGCUCACCCUACCUGGAUCUUUAAUGUACAUAUAUUUAUACAAUAAAUAUUUAUUUUUACAGCA